AUGGUCGUAAAAUUCGAAGAUCCGGACAACUUCUUGAAUCCCAUUAUUCCAGGUGGCUUCCCAGAUCCGUCAAUUUGCAGGGUCGGCGACGUCUACUACAUCUGCAACUCUUCUUUCGAAUACUUCCCGGGUCUGCCGAUCCACGAGAGCACAGACUUGGUAAACUGGAGAUGGGUGGGCUAUGGUCUACACAGGAAAGAGCAGGUGAGCUCAGCAGUGAACCUCGUUGAUGUGAAGUCUGAGGAUGGCAUUCAAGCCCCAUCUCUCCGAUACAAGGAUGGGACAUUCUACAUUAUCACCACCUGCGUGUAUCGUCCACCCGGAACUGACGAGGGAACCUGCACGAACUUCAUCAUCACGGCAUCGGACAUUCAUGGCCCCUGGUCAGAUCCCCAUGUCAUCGAAGGUGCCCCAGGCAUAGAUCCCGACAUCUUCUUUGAUGAUGAUGGGAAGGCCUGGUACGUGGGAACUGCGGCGCCCGACAAGGCAAAUUAUCCAGGAGAAGGAGAGCUCUACUGCCACGAGCUAGACUUGGGGGCCUUCAAGUUGGUCGGAGAGCGGCACCACUUGUGGCGGGGAGCUCUCCAUGGCGGUGUUUUCGUGGAGGGGCCGCACAUGUACAAGCACGAAGGCUCGUACUACCUCAUGGCGGCUGAAGGCGGCACCGGCGUGAACCAUGCAGAAGUCAUUGCUAUUAGUGACAAGGUCACUGGCCCUUUCUAUCCAAACGACCGGAACCCAAUCUUGACCUCGCGCCACCUCUCUUAUGAUAACUGGGUCCACAGCACAGGACAUGGUGAUCUGUUCCAGCUGCCAGACGGGCGAUGGUUCAUGGUGUGUUUGGGGGUGCGAGCGGAGGAGGGUAAACAGGGCAUGAAGCGCUCAAACAUGGGGCGGGAAACACACCUAGUACCGGUUCGCUGGGAGCGAGAGCCAAUGGAGUGGCACUCUUUGGGACCUGCCGGAGAGAGGCUGUGGCCUGUUUGUGCACCGGAUACCGGCCGUGUCGAGCGUCAAUCGGUUCUUCCUUUAAAGUCGAUGCAGCUGCAUGCUUGCAACACCUUUCGUGACACUUUCGAAUCGCCAUCCCUGCACCCAGAGUGGAACUUUCGGCGUGUUCCGAGAGAAGGAAUGUAUGUCCUCAGCCCUGGAUGUUUGCGGCUGAAUGCCCAGCCACAAGUGAUUGAGGAGCGUGCGUCUUGUAGCUUAAUGGGGAUACGACAGCGGCAAAGUGAGUUUACGUUCCUCACUAAGAUGACCUUCAAUCCAGUCACAGAUGGUGUGGAGGCUGGCACAAGUGUUUUCCAGAAGGAUGACAACUACGUCAACUUCGUCGUGCAGCUCAUGGGAGGAAAGCACAGGGUGUGCGUCACCCUGAAGGAGCGAGGAAAGGAAGAGCGUGCUCUUUACGGCGAUGAUCUCGCCGCUUACAAGGGCAGCAUCACAUUCAGGAUCGAAUCCUGCAACCACACAUACAGUUUUAGCUACUCGCUGGAUGAUGGGGCUAGCUUUACUUCGUGUGCGGAGAUGGCUGCAGACCUUUUGCUGAGCUACGGGUACACUGGCAGCUACCUUGGGCUCUACAGCACCAGCAAAGGAAAGCCUUCCGAAGACUAUGCCGAGUAUGCUUUUGUUCAGCACACCGCUUCGCUGCGUUUACCAGCACGUGGUGGGAGCAGACGUCUGUCUCUGCUGUGGCAAGCCAUUUACAUCGCUUGGAACUCAGAGUCCAUGGAAGGCCAGCAGAAAGCUGUGACCUUCCAGAACAGCUUCAGCGGUCCCACCAGCUUAGUCCAGCCGGUAGUGGCACUUCUUGUCAAGAAGGGGGAUGGAGAAGUCUCAUCUACGAAUUCCUGGCUGGCGGUGAUGCUCGAUUUUGCGUCCAUGGCGUUUGUUUGCAAUCUGUUCCAACUUCUGUUCGUGCUUUGUGUGGCAAUCGGUGUUAACAUGCAACUGGUAUACACUGUUCGCAAGCUUUUGGCCGGCUGUGGGCACAAGGUCACCCGGUUUGAGUGGAGAGCGCGGCUGAGUGCUUGCCUGGAUGCUGCAUGUGGCCUGUCUCAUCUGCACAACAUGACGCCGCGGGCUUUCCAUCGCGAUAUCAAGGGCCCCAACAUCCUCCUAGACAAGAACGGAACUGCCAAGAUGGCCGACUUCGGGCUCUCGUGCGUGUCCGCCGGCGCCCAGCACAAAGUGCAGCAGGCCAGUGGCACCGUUGGCUAUGCAUGUCCAGAGUAUAUCCGGACCGGCAUCAUCACGGAAGGAAGUGAGGUGCACAGCUUCGGGAUGGUCGUUCUGGAGGUGCUUACUGGCGCCCCGCCCGCUGUUGCCAAACCAAACACGCCAGGAGAGUUCAGCUAUCUGGUGGACCACAUCCGUGGCAGCAAGACCAAGGUGGCGCAAAUGCUGGAUUCGACCGGCAACUUUCCACAGUCUGUGUCACAGGCAAUGACGGAUGUGGCCUUCCGCUGCAUCCAGCCGGUUCCAGCGGAGCGGCCCCUCUUCAAGCUUCUGGUGGAGGAAUUGAGGGAACUGCACCUGUCUUCGGCGGCACUCGCCACGGAUGCCACGAGCACGACCAAUGGAGGCUCUGCUGCUACUGGUGCACACCAGGAUCAAGCUCCAGGGCUGCCUCGAGAGUCGCGGGAGCGUGAGAAGCCCCAGGUACGGCGAGUGGUACUUUCAGCUGGCUUGGCUGUUCUCAGUCGCUACCGCGGAAGUGGAGUCUGGCUCCGUGGACAGAUCCUCAAGGACAACGGCAAUGGCACUUUCCAGAUCCAGUAUGAUUCUGGGGAGAUCGAGCUGAACGUUCCUUCUGCGAACCUUCGCCUAGAGAGGACGGAAGUCCCAGCCACGCCUGCUGGGUGGCGUGUCGCCAGACCGGAGCUUGAGGGUCAGAGCCAGCUCGGCCAGCUCAGCCAGCUUCCUCCGCAGCCGGUCCCGCAGCCGGCUCCGCAACCGCUGCAGCCGGUCCAAUUGAAUGCGGGACCUCCGGCGCCGCCGCCACCGCCCCAGGGUCGGAUCGGUGCGGCACCUGCACCUCAAUGGGCAGCCGCUGCUGCGCCUGCAGCUGCUGCACAAGCUCCUGCAGGGAUUGGAAUGGCGCCAGCUCCCAGGCCAAAGGCGCCUGCACCUCCAAAUCCUGAGCGGAGCGCUGAUGCGGAAAAGGAUUGGCCGACACUCGGAGUGGACGGAGGAGAUGCAUCCGGGAACCAGGAAUUCCUCGACCCCAGUGCUGUUCCGCCCUACCACUUCUGGUGCAUCUAUGCGGAGGGUGUGGACCUGGCCACGCUGACCUCUGAGCAGCGUGCUGUGCCGGGCAGCGGCAGCGCGGAGUCGAUUUUCGGCAGAACGGCACAGCCGAAUGCUGUCUGGGAGACUCUGGUGCCCAAUAGGUUCAACCACUCGACCAUCUCUCGCGAGCACCUGAAGGUGAUUGCGCGCAGCUCUUCCAAGCAUCUGGGUGUACCCCAGGUGUCCUUCGGCAUCACUUGCUUGUCUCAGAAUUCCAUCUUCUUGAACGGGCAACACAUGGACAGAAGUACGGGAGAGCAUCCGCUGCAGCAUGGGGACGUGCUGUCCCUGGCCGCUCAUCCGGUGUCGUCGGGCGACGGCCAGAAGAAAGUCUUCGUUGUUUUCCAGUUCGAGGUGCUGGGGCCGAGCCCCGCUGCAGCAGCCCUGCCUACGAUCCGGCCGAGCGAUGACUGCGAUGUGCAGGAGGAGCCGAUGCAGCUGCAACCAGCGAGAGGGCCCUUCGAUGUCCUUCACAGCCAAGAGGAACUGCAGCGCCCUCCAAAUGGAACAGUAGCCGGUCGAUGGCGCACCUCGGCCUCGGCGCCUGCUCCUUCCGAUGCGCUCUACGCUCUCGAGGUUCACGGAGAUGAGGUCCGGGAAUGGCUGCCUGCCGAAGAGAGGCAGCUCUUCGGUUGUGAGCCUGCUUCGGAGGCUGCCUCGCCAUGGCUUCGUGUCGGCCGCUUCUAUCAAAGGGGGCUUUGGGAGCGCAUCCUCACCGAUGAAGUGCUCAAAGGAGGCACUUUGUGGGGAUCCAUCAUGGCACAGGACCACUUCGAAAUUCUGGCUGUCCGGAAGAACAACCCACGGUCUUCCGAGCCACCGGACUACUGCUUCAGAUUGCGCGUGCUGAGCGCAGCUGGAGUCACGCUGAACUACAGCAUGGUCUGCACUUCAGGUGACGAAAGGGAGCUGGGGCCUAGCGAUACGCUGACCCUGCGGCGCCCCGUUGCAAGAGGCACCCCCUCACAGCCCGUUCGGGAAAACGGCUCAGACGGCCAACACUUGAAGGGCUUUCACAUGACCUUCAUACCACUCGUGGGGCCUUUGUCAAAGCAAAGGUCUGAGUCCGAGACGGAGUUCGCAAGCUUCCUUGAGCCGGAGCCGGGCGAACGUCCGCAACUUCCAGAGCUGUCAGACUCUGAGAACGAGGGGUCCGGUCACGGGAGACCAGGAGGAAGCGCUUCACUUCUGGCCUCUGCGUAUCCGCGUGCGGGGGCACUGCGGCCACCAACCGACGUGCUACCCAUCAACAGCGAAAGCUUCGACGAGGUGAACCCCUUUGUCGCUCCUCGCCCUCUUGGAUCUAGCUACACACACUCCAAGCAGGAGCUUGUUGGAACGAGAAUCCUCGAGCCACGACCUGCAAAAGACAAGGAGUCGGUGGAGCCAGAUGAUUUGUUUGCUCGUACAGGUUUUCGACAAGAUGGAGUUCCACCAAACGAGGACAGUGACAGGUAUUAA